AAACAGUCAAAUAAAAUGUCAAUGUCACUAAUCUUCAAAAAAAGUCGAAUUGCCGUGAGUUGUGGUAUUUUAGGUGUAAGAAUAUCCCGUAGAUUUAUUUUUACGCACAAAAUGAGUGUUAAACAGGCACAAUUUGCCGAUACCAAUGGCUUCGAGAGCAAAACUCCGUUUUUGAUCGGUGUGGCGGGCGGCACGGCGAGUGGCAAGUCAACAGUAUGCCAGCGCAUAAUGGAGAAGCUGGGUCAACAGCACAAAGAACAAACAGAGAGGCGAGUUGUGUGCAUCAGCCAAGACUCCUUCUACCGCACACUGACUCCCUCAGAGAGACUCCGAGCUGAACGUGGACAAUUCAACUUUGACCAUCCAGAUGCUUUUGAUGAUAAGAAGCUCUUGACAAUACUGAAAGAUAUACUCGCUGGAAAGAAGGUGGAAGUGCCAGAGUAUGAUUAUAUCACUAAUUCUAUAAGCCACCGCUCACACACCAUCUACCCAGCAGACGUGGUUCUGAUUGAAGGCAUUCUAGUGUUCUACUUUCCUGAAGUCAGAGACCUGUUCCACAUGAAGCUGUUUGUUGACACUGACUCUGACACUAGGCUGGCAAGGCGAGUGCCGCGGGACAUAAUGGAGCGAGGCCGCGACCUGGAACAGGUUCUGAACCAGUACAUGAACUUCGUCAAGCCGGCCUUCGAGGAGUUCUGUCUGCCGACCAAAAAGUUUGCUGACGUCAUCAUACCGCGCGGCGCGGAUAAUUUAGUUGCCAUAGACCUGAUAGUGCAGCACAUAUCGGAAUACCUCAAGAAGAGCGCUCCAGAUAAGUUCAGUCUGCAGUGCCCGCCGCUGUCGCCGCCCGCGCCCGCCAGCCCGCAGCGGAGCGGGAAGAGCGGCCGACCGCACUAAACUACUAUUGACUAUUUAUUAUUUAUUUCAUUAAUGUGUGGAAGAAGGAUAAACGGAGGUACUCGUUAGGGUCUGCACAGACGAGGAACUAUUGUCCGCGGAGGACAAAAGUCCGUGGUCUACUAUUGACUAUUUAUUUCAUUAAUGUAUGGAGGAAGGAUGAACGGAGUUACUCGUUAAGGCCAUACAGUCGAGGGACUACUGUCCGCGGAGGACAAAAGUACGUCGUCUUUUACUACGAUUUUUCGGCGUACUAUUAGUGCCGCCACACACUUAGCCACCGGUGGCGACGACUAGUGGCUGCCACAAGUUGCGUAUGAGAUUUUUCAUACAUUUUGUGUGGCGUAGGUGCCAACUGAUGGCAGCGGAAGUGGUUUUUUUGGUUUCUCGGGAUGGAUAUGUGGACUUUAGUGACGAGUUAUCUUUUUGGCUGUUUAGAUUAAUUGUCAGUGGCAGCGAUUGUGAUGCUUUUCUCUUAACUAAAUUUAGAGUAUCUGCAUCUUUUUCUUUUUAAUAUUGCUAAAAAAGGACGGAAAAUGAUGAUUAAAGAUUUAAAGACUAUAUAAAUUAUCAUCACGUCUGGCACCUAAAUGCGAUGCACGAUCCACGAUGGGGAUGCGAAUACUCUAAACUUUAGUUGCACUCAGAAUCAGUACCAGUAUGUGAUCAUUAACACGUUUUAUGAAUGACUAUUUUCAGGUUAUUGUAGAGAGUAUGGUUAGGUAUGAAAAUGUGGUACUAAAGUACCUACAGAAUGCGUCACGAAAGUAGAAAAGUACUCGGUUCUAAAGUAGGUGCGGUGUUGUGGGUCGGAAAGCGCUACUUCAUCAUUACCAACCGAUGGAUGUCCAAAAAGCGCACCUCAAAAUAUGACCUGCUGCUCAUAAUGCAAGGGAAAAUAAAGGGCAGGCGUAGACCUGGCCGUAGACGAACAUCCUGGCUCAAAAACCUUCGCCAGUGGUUUAACAUGAGUACAAGGUCACUGUUUAGCGGUGAACAAGAUCCAGUUAGCCUUAUUGAUUGCCAACCUCCGAUAGGAGAUGGCACUAGAAGAAGAAGAAGGAUGUCCACUGCUGGACACAGGCCUCUUGUAGGGAGUUCCACACGCCAAGGUCUUGCGCGGCUGAAUCCAGCGGCUCCCUGCGACUUGUUUGACUUCGUCUGUUCACAAAGUGGGGAAGUCUUUACUAAGUACUUAGCAUAAGCGUUACUUAAACUAAGAAUUUGCUUCGCUCUCUGCACCGCACCGUAGAUAGUUGAUACUAUAAAAUUGACUAUUGAAACACGUAGGUCAAAUAUUUUCAAAAAUACCUACCUAAAAUAAUUGGUGUCAAAAUGUAUUUCAACUUACGUGACACGAGCUGUACUCAUGGUUGCAUCAUUUGAGGCUAAUUCGGAUAUAAUGUAGACAAAAUUUAUUAAAAAAAUGUACCCUUUUGGUUAGCCAUAAGUUCACAAAUAUAAUAAUUAUGUUUGGAAACAUU